UCCUGUUACUAAGGCAUCUCUGUACUAUGCGAAGCCGCCGUGUAAUGUGAGCUGGGUGUCCCUCCCCGCUAUUGUCCCGGGGAUGGGCGCCUCACCUGGCCGCCCGAUCUUCUCUAUCCACGCAGAGCCACCGUGAUGGCUGUAAUUGGCAUCAAGAGACGAAAAGCUGAUCUUCUGGGAUUUUGCAUCAAAACCUGUUUUCUGCAAUUCUUUGUGGUUUCGGUAUUUGGGGAAGAGAAGACCUUCAUUGUGGAGAGGUGGUUGAAGACAUAUGGCUAUCUGCUCCCCUACGACAUCCGAGUUUCAGCUUUACAUUCAGGAACAGCUAUGCAGUCAGCAAUUGCAACCAUGCAGCAGUUUUACCGCAUCCCAGUGACGGGUGUGCUGGACCAAACCACAAUCGAGUGGAUGAAGAAGCCUCGCUGUGGGGUUCCUGACCAUCCUCAUUUAAGCCAUAGAAGAAGGAACAAAAGAUAUGCACUAACAGGACAGAAGUGGAGACAAAAACACAUAACAUACAGCAUACACAACUAUACUCCCAAGGUGGGGGAGCUGGACACUAGGAAAGCGAUUCGUCAGGCCUUUGAUGUGUGGCAGAAGGUGACUCCGCUGACAUUUGAAGAAAUUCCGUACCAUGAAAUUAAAAACGAGCGGAAAGAUGCAGACAUUAUGAUAUUUUUCGCUUCUGGUUUUCACGGAGACAGCUCUCCAUUUGAUGGGGAGGGGGGAUUCCUAGCACAUGCCUACUUCCCUGGACCAGGAAUAGGGGGCGACACUCACUUUGAUUCGGAUGAACCCUGGACCCUCGGGAACUCCAAUCAUGACGGUAACGACCUUUUCCUCGUUGCUGUCCAUGAACUCGGUCACGCCUUGGGUUUGGAACACUCCAACGACCCCAGCGCUAUCAUGGCACCUUUCUACCAGUAUAUGGAAACGCACAACUUUAAGCUUCCACAAGAUGACUUACAGGGAAUUCAGAAGAUUUAUGGUCCCCCUGCGGAAACACUAGAGCCUACCCGACCAUUGCCAACACUUCCACCGCGCAGGAUACAGUCGACAUCCGAAAGAAAGCACGACAGGCAACCGAGACCCCGCCAACCAUCCGGAGAAAAGCCCGCCCAACCAGGCAACAGGCCGAAUAUAUGUGAUGGCAACUUUAAUACCGUGGCUCUGUUCCGAGGGGAGAUGUUUGUCUUUAAGGAUCGGUGGUUCUGGCGGCUUCGUAAUAAUAAAGUCCAGGAAGGAUACCCAAUGCAGAUUGAACAGUUCUGGAAAGGGCUGCCACCUAAAAUAGAUGCAGCGUACGAGCGAUCGGAUGGCAAAUUUGUCUUUUUCAAAGGUGACAAAUAUUGGGUGUUUAAAGAAGUGACGGCAGAGCCGGGUUAUCCACACAGCUUGGUAGAGUUGGGAAGUUGUCUCCCACGGGAGGGAAUCGACACAGCUCUGCGAUGGGAGUCAGUUGGCAAGACCUACUUCUUUAAGGGGGACCGCUACUGGCGGUACAAUGAAGAAAAGAAAACGGCCGAUCCAGGAUACCCAAAAUCUAUAACAGUUUGGAAAGGAAUCCCGGAAGCACCACAAGGUGCCUUUGUGAGCAAAGAAGGAACGUACACAUAUUUCUACAAAGGAAAGGAAUACUGGAAGUUUGAUAACCAGAAGCUCCUAGUGGAAUCGGGCUACCCGAGAUCGAUUGUUAAAGACUGGAUGGGCUGCAACCAAAAAGAAGUAGACAACAGCAAAGACCGCCACCUACCGCACGACGACGUGGAUAUCAUGGUGACAAUAAAUGACGUUCCCAGCACCGUCAACGCAAUAGCGGUGGUCAUCCCCUGUAUCUUGUCCCUGUGCAUCCUGGUCUUGGUAUAUACUAUUUUCCAGUUUAAGAACAAGGGGGUGCAACAAAACGUGACCUAUUACAAACGGCCGGUGCAGGAAUGGGUAUGACAAGAUCUGGAACGUUUCGUGCUUUCUUUUUAGUUUUCACGAGGGCUAAAAAGAUCCUGGGAUCCCAAGUCCAUUGAUCGGACUGGCAACAGACGUUUUUUUUUUUUCUUCUUCUUCUCACUGUGGAUCCCGGCUUUUCCAGUAAGGAAAGACUUCAAGGAUUACAAAGAUGGCCUUACACAAUGGAGCCUCUUUCAUUCUUACUGCCUCAUACCUUUUCUAGUGUGCCAUUUCCGGGGUUCACUUUGUGAGCACCGGCCGAACUUGCUUGGAGUUUUUUCUUCACAAAAAAAAAAUAAAUAAAAAAAAAUAAAAAAAAUAAAGAGACGGAUAGAACUGGCUGAUGACUUGUCUUAAAAACCAGCUUUCUCCAUCGAAGUCAGCUACAUUCAGACUUGUUUCUUACGACGAUUUGAGCACAAAAA